AUGUUUUUCUCGUUUUCAGACGCCCACGACGUAGUCCAGAAGUGUUGGCUUCCGUUCUCGAUACGUUUAAUUUGGUAUGAUCUCUUUAGUCGUGCUGCAAGCUUGCACCUGGAAUACGGUCUAGUUGAUGAUCCCAUUGUGAACGAGUUUGGUCUUGAAUUGAACUGUUCCGGGGAAGUAUCUGAAAAUGGUAAAGGUGCAACUCCUUUCGGCGCGGCUCCCAUGCAACUACUAUCCAUGCAGAACUCAACACCAAUGCUGCAGAUCGUUGUGUCCGAUUAUGUCACUAAUUCGUUGAUGUAUCAUGGACAUAAGAUCGGAUUAUUCAACACACGGGUGGAUCCGAGCUCACCACAAAUCGGUCCCGUGCUACGAACAACGUGCGGCCUCGGUUCAGGACCGUUGUUCUGUCUAGGCGAUAUACUUCCAACUUUGCGUCAAUAUCAUCCCAAUAAGAGCAUCGCUAUGGACUUCCGAAGUGUUCAGCAGCCUAUUCUCAUCUAUCGAUCCAGUCCAGAAGGUUUCCGCUUCAAAACCACUCACUUGAUCAUUUUUUUCAGCGAUAAUUUGUGCAGCUCUCAGCUAAGAAUUUGUGGUUUUGCAGAAAAUAAACGUUGA